AUCGUAAACGCGUCUCAAAUGUCAUUUCGCCUGCCAAGCUUCUCAGAGACUUUUGUACAGCCAAGAAUUAAUCAUCAAAAUUGUUGGCAAGAAGCGACUCCUUGGCUUGAAUACCCGUACCGGAGAGACUUUGUUGUACCUUGGUGUGGUGACUACUCAAAUAUUCCAGUUAUUUAUCCAGGAUCAGGACCUCAAGCAAUUCAACAAUUUUCAAAUUACCAUCUGUCAAGACCCUUUAGCAUUCAAGGACGUGGAAUGAAGCGCUUAAGAACCGUUUCUAACUUGCAAAACAUAACAGCUAAAAAGAAUGAAUUUGUCAAGAUAGAGCUUCCCGUUGUUCCUGCAAAAAGGGCCAAGAAAUCGAGUUUUAUUGUGAAGCCCAAAGAAAUGCGGGCAUUUUUUGGUUUACUAGCUGAUGAACUGAUUCAAGAUUUUUUAGAAGUUGACAGUUGUAUUAAGAUAUCUGAUAAAUACCUGCUGGCUAUGGUAUUUGCCUAUUUUAAACGAGCCAGUUUUUCUAUACGAGAAUACACGAGAACGAACUUUUUUGUUGCACUUUAUUUAGCUAAUGACAUAGAAGAAGAUGAUGAAGAUUUAAAAUAUGAAAUAUUUCCAUGGGCUCUUGGUAGAAAAUGGAAAGAUAAAUAUCCCCAGUUUUUGUUAAAGAGAGAUCGACUGUUUAAAAGGAUUGGAUAUAGAGCUAUUGUUAGUAGACGGUGCUGUGAUGAGAUUAUGGCGCUGACCCCUAGUAAUAUAUAUUGGAGGCGUGUGCGUCCGCUACACCACGCUGGAGCUCUCAGGAACUAUAUGAGAUACCCAGAAGAUGACGGUUAUCCUAGAGGACCCGAAGCGUCACCGAGAUCAUGUCGUGAAUGUGAUGUGACGGACAGUCAAUAUGAUUCCGCCAGUCCAACUGAUACGGCUUGGUACAUUUCUUCUAACGAAUCGUCUCCAGAACGUAAAAAUCAUACCAGAGAACAUGAUCAGUCAGAUAUAUUCUUUAACAUGCAAGGAUUAAAGAAAACUCUACCAUUGUCUAAAGUUGAGGGAGAAGAUGUUUGGCCAUCUUCUAGUAUAGAAGAAUGACAUAAAGCCCAACAGACAAACAGUAAAACACCAACUAAAUAUAUAUUGCACCCUUCAGAUAUAAUUGCAAUUAUCCCUUAAUUUGGAUAAAGAUUUUUUCCAUGCAUCUCCAUGAUUA